AUGUUUAUGCCAGCAAGGAAGCUUGUGAGUGGCGCACUAAAAGCGGUUGCUUUUGUGAUCUAUCCUGUUCUUGAGUUGUAUCAAUACUUUGUGUUUAUUGGGUUGCUAUGCAUGGAGGAGAACGGUAUGCUUUCGUGGACAAUACUUAUUGCAUACAUUGUAUAUCACCUUCUUCUGGCGUAUAAAUCAAUGUUCUACAUCCUUCUGCUGGCCACUGACGACAAAAGCACAUUAGACAUUUUCCCAGAUCUUCCAUGCGAUGGCAGCAACAUUGAGAUCAGAAACAUAAACAGUUUUGUUGAGGAGAGGAUAAUGAAAGACAAUCUUUCUCGAAUCAAGUUGUGCGGCAAAUGCAAGACAUACAAGCCGCCAAGAGCUCACCAUUGUAAUGCAUGCAAGCGAUGCUAUCUUAAAUAUGACCAUCACUGCCUGAUGCUUGGCGUAUGCAUCGGGCUUCAUAACUACAAGUUUUUCUAUCAGUUUUUAUUCAUGAACCUGGUGACAUGCUUGUUUCUGAUGAUCUUUGUGUCUGUGUAUAUGAUGACGGCCGAGUGGAUGGCAUCCAAACGAAUAGCCAACUAUAUUGUUCUACUUAGCCUAACAUCUGUUGAGUUUGUAUUCACAUCUGCACUGUUGAUAUUCCACACGUGGCUGAUAGGAACGAACGAGACUACAAUAGAGCAUUAUGUCAUUGAUGACUACAUCAACGGUGAUCACACCUUUGGACACAUUUUCCAAGAGGGCCCAAUAACAUCGCUAUCAACAAGCACAGAUAGGCAGGUUCUGAACCCAUACAACCUGGGAUUCAGCCAAAACUGGAGGCAGGUCUUUGGCAACAGCAUCAUGCAUUGGCUCAUGCCGACAUACUCAACGCCAGGAAACGGAGUGUCUUUCCCAAAAAACUACAACAAAUACUAUGAGUUUCUUUAUUAA